AUGUCACUUCAACCCAUCAACGGUGCCUGCUUGUGCGAGGGCAUACAAUUUAAAGUGACAGGCUCGCCAGAAAAGGUGUUCGCUUGUUACUGUAUUGAUUGCUCCAAAGGAGCGGGCGGGCUAUAUCAACUUAUGGCAAAGUUCCCGAAAGAGUCCAUAAACCUCUGCCAAGGUCAAGACCUCUGCAAAACGUGGAUUGUGACCGAGACCACAAGCGGGAAAGACAAGCACAAAGUUUUCUGUGGUCAGUGCGGGUGUACGCUCUGGACUAUUCCCAUGAACCAUGGAGGAGAGAAGAUCAUCGUCCGGACGUCGUUGUUUGGAGAACAAUUCUACUCAUGUCAACCCACUGCCGAGUUCUUUGCCAAAUUGAGACCACCUUUCCUCGCCCCAAUUAUAGGAGGGAAGUCAUUUGACAAUAUGCCUGGUGCAUAG